CACUUGUUCAGAGCUUAGAUAAAGAAGAGAAAGGCUCACCAAAUUGCUAAUUGAAAAAAGUUUUUAAUCUCUGACUCAAAUUUAACAGUGAAUAUGUAAUUACAUUAUUGUUUUAUACAGUUUUCAGUUUCAGUGUGGAAGGAAAUGGUAGAUGGAACAGUACCAUAUGUUGCUGGGUGCAGUUCUGGCUGGUUUAGCCCACAGUCGCGGGGACAGGGUAGCAUGGGAAAUAAACUGUACCCCUGCAGAGCUCUGUCUCAUCAGGGCUGGAAAUGUAGUUGCCCCAUAAUAACAUUUGCACUGACUGCAACUUUUUUGCAGAUACAGAUCUUUGUUCUCUUGUCAGUCCUGUAGUCUUCCAAAAACAGUUAAUGUGGAGGGAAUUAUAAUGGGUGGCCAACUGGGGGAGACACAGGAUUCCUUCUUUAAAUAAAUAAAUAAUUUAAAAGGCAUAAGGUGGAUUGACAGGGAGAAAACAAAAAUAAUAAAUUCAGACUUGGGCUCAGUUACUGUGUUCAUCCCACCCUGUUGAGUCAAUAGCUGGUGAUGAGUGAUGUACCUAGGGUCACCUAAAGAAAAAUAAUGUAACCUGUUUGUUGAAUACAUGCCUGUCUACCAGUUCUAGUAGAUGUUCUAGCUCUUGGCUGCCAUCCUGAUGAGGCCUGGAGCUGGUGUGGGAAGGAGGAUGCAGAAUACAUCUUGUUGCCCCACGCAAAGGCAGCAGAAGCAGAAUGCUUUCUUUGAUGGCUGACGGUCCCAAGACGACAAGACUGGGUGUAUGCAGCUCCCUUGGUAGCAGCUCAAGUGUUUCUAAUCUUACAGUGUCUUCUUAGGGUUUUAAGCUCAACUGGUUUGGUUUUGGAUUUUUUUUUUUGUGUGAUUUUACUUUGAUCGAUACAAGGGCCGAAUAGUAAGAUAGUCUAAACUGUCAAGGUAAUCCUGUAAAAUGUGGGAGUUUUGAAGUUAGGUGUCCUGUUUCCUUGCACCUGUACAAUUUGACAGCUAUAUACUGAUAUAUGUAACAUCUAUAUACCUAUGUAUAUUUGAUUGUACAGACUGAUUGCUUGAUACUGUGUUUCUAAGUUUAACUUAAAGUUUAAAAUGUUUGUCUUGCUACCGACUGCUCACUGUUUUCAAAUCUCGUCUUGCUUACCCCCAUAAAUGCUUUAUUAGUAGACCUUUUAUAUAGUGUUAUGUUCCUUAACGCUAAGGGAAUUUCCAAAAAUUACAGGAAUAAUGAAGAUUAAAUUUGAAGGUAUUAAGCUAACUAAUGUGUGUCCUUGCCUCUAACCUGGAGGCAAGUCCAUCACAAGUUUCUUCUAAAUAAAUGCUGAUUUUCUGUGUUUAAAAUGAAGCUAUGAAAACUAGUUUUCUUAUGUCUUAAUGGUAAAUAUUUAACUAAAUUCUAGCUGAUUGUUAUAUUUAGACAUUAAAGUACAAAAUGAAAAUACUGCUUUAGUAGCCUGUGACAGAAUACAUGCAGGAAGUAAACAAAGCACAUUCAUGAUUACUUUUUCAGGUAGUCUGGUUGUGUCCAAUACAGUUUUAAAAUUUCUAGCCCUUAGUGCCAAGUUUUGUUGCCAUCAUAGCUGUGGUGUGGGUGGAAAAGCCAAACUAGAAAUGAGCAGAUCUAACUGUAAGCUACUUUGCAUGUUGUCAAUUAACUAUAAAUUGCAGCAGUCACUGACUCAGUGGAACAAGCUACGUAAUUCAGGUAAGAGUUGUAUACUGCUGUGUCUAGUAACAGAUCUUCACUGAAUAUCAAUGUUUUUGUAAACCACUUCUACCAGCUAUUCAGUAAUGGUGCUUCUGCAGCUUUUUAAUUAACUGUGUUUAGUAUGAUCUCUUAUUAAAUAAGGCAUAAGAAAAAUGGAACAUUAACUUUUUUUUUAAUAUCAUUCAGAUAUUUUUAGGUAUUAUUCAUCAGUCUUAAAAUAGUACAUCUUGUUUCCUUGGAUUUUACUUUCAUCUGAAGAUUGGUUAAAUGCAGAACCCCGUGGAUGGCAAAAGCUACCGUAACCUCAUGGACAGGUUGUCCAUCGGUACUGAGACUCAGCACAUACAGCUGGCAAGGCCUUUCUGUGCCAACCCAGGGGUCACGUUUCACUUGUACCCAGAAACACCAAACCUGGUCACUUGCUCUGAAGAUUUGUCCUUCCUUCCUUUCAUGCCUGAGCAUCUCAUCGCGGAGAACUUCUACAGUGAGCCCUGCACCUUUCCCUACCAAAUGCCUCAUUCCAAUUACUGUAGAAGCGAGUGCUCCUACGGGCCAGCUUUCAUCAGAAAGAGGAAUGAGAGGGAAAGACAGAGGGUUAAAUGUGUCAAUGAAGGCUAUGCUAAACUGAGGCAUCACCUACCUAAGGAAUACUUGGAGAAACGGCUCAGCAAGGUAGAGACGCUCCGUGCUGCAAUAAAAUACAUUAGCUACCUACAGUCUGUUCUGUACAGUGAUUCUGUGGUGCCAGAAAAAAAUGCUGUGGAACCAAGCCAAGCACCUAAAGCAAUUAACAAACAAAACCAGUUCUUGGAGACUAUCUAAACCAAGCAAAAAAUAUCCUGUCUGGGAACCUAGCAGCCACUGUAUUAUUAAUGGCGUGCAUGUUCCCAGUACAUCUUAGGCACAGAUCAUGGCACUCAUCAGUAUCAGCCCACAGAAGAGAGUUUUAAUUUUGCAGAUAGUAACUACACUUAGAUACGAGAAAUACAACUGGGAGAUCUCAUCUGAAUGGCUUUAGUUAAUUCAUGGAAAUUAGAAAACAUUUCUAAAAUUGUCACCAAAUCAAAAAUGUAAUGCCUAUAUGUGUGAAGUAACUAUGUAUCAUCAUAACCUGCAUGCUUUAAAAUAAAAUCUUUCCACUGAUGGGA